AGAUGUAGUGAUGGCGAUUUCUACGUUAAAAAUCGAAGCAUGUUGAAGGCAUUCAAAACUAACGUAGAAAUCUAAGCAUGUUGAAGGCAUUCAAAACUACUCUUUCAGUCACAAUCAACUUCGACAGACUGUAAAAGAAGACACAAUUUUCGCGGAAACGUGACGCUUAGAACUUGGAAGAAAACCCCUUGCUGGUUAUUUGGGUAGGUGUUCAGUUGGGAGUGAGGGUGAGAGUGAGAGUGAGAGUUGAGAGUGAAUAAAGGAAAUGGGCAGUGAUGAUCACCAUCGGCAGGUGAGGCAAUGGAAGUUGCUGGACGUGGUGACUGCGCUUUUAUUUUUGGCAGUGUUGAUGUUUGUGGUGUGUGUAAUGACGCCGGCGGGGGACUCUCUGGCGGAAUCGGGGAAGCGGGCAUUGACAUUGAUAGAUAUGAAUGAUCACCGGCAGAGGGGGAGCGGCGAUGAAUUGAUUGCUCCUUGUCCUCUGGAAUUCGCCGACCACAUCCCCUGCGAAGAUCCACGUCGCAGCAGUGAGCUGAGUCGCGAGAGGAACCUGUACAGAGAACGCCACUGCCCUCCUCCCCAGGAGAAGCUCCGUUGCCUCAUCCCUCCUCCUCCCCACUACAAAAUACCUUUGCAUUGGCCGCACAGUCUCCUUAAGAUCUGGCACGCCAAUAUUCCUCAUAAUAAGAUUGCAGAUCGAAAGGGGCACCAGGGUUGGAUGAAAGAGGAUGGGCCUCACUUCAUAUUUCCUGGCGGAGGCACCAUGUUUCCCGACGGAGCAAUACAGUAUAUUCACAAGCUCAAGCAAUACAUCCCCAUUAGUGGCGGAACCAUCAGGACGGCCUUGGAUGUUGGUUGUGGGGUUGCUAGCUUUGGGGGAUAUUUGCUCAAGGAAGACAUAUUAACCAUGUCAUUUGCUCCCAGAGAUUCGCACAAGUCACAAAUACAAUUUGUGUUGGAGAGAGGCGUACCUGCAUUCAUUGCAAUGCUGGGAACCCGCCGAUUGCCCUUUCCUUCUCGUUCAUUUGAGCUCGCCCAUUGCUCCCGAUGUUUAAUUCCUUUUGCUGCUUACAACGGUUCCUACAUGAUUGAGAUAGAUCGAUUGUUGCGGCCUGGAGGCUACUUUGUGAUCUCUGGACCUCCUGUACAGUGGCCUAAACAAGAGAAAGAAUGGGGUGACCUUCAGGAAUUUGCGCACAAAUUAUGCUAUGAGUUGGUUACUGUGGAUGGCAAUACUGCAAUUUGGAAGAAACCUUCCAAUGACUCAUGCACGGCUUUACAAAGGGGUCCUGUACCUCCUUUUUGUGAUGAACACGAUGAUCCUGAUGUUGCAUGGUACAUACCAUUGAAAGAUUGCAUCAAUCGGUUUCCAUCAUUGAAAAAUGGAGAAAUCUCCGUGGACAAAACUCCAAAGUGGCCAAGCAGGUUGAAUGAACCUCCUCAACGCAGUGUACAGAUAAAGAACUUUGAGGAUAUAUUUAAAGCUGACACACGAAGAUGGAGACGAAGGGUUUCGUACUACAAAAAGGUGUUGAAUCUGAAGUUAGGAUCACCCAAUGUGCGCAACAUUAUGGAUAUGAAUGCAGGGUUUGGGGGUUUUGCAGCAGCCAUUAUUUCAGAUCCUGUUUGGGUGAUGAAUGUUGUUCCUGCUUAUAGAUCAAAUACACUUCCUGUGAUUUAUGACAGAGGUCUAAUUGGAGUAUAUCAUGACUGGUGUGAGGCUUUCUCUACUUAUCCUCGAACAUAUGAUUUCAUUCAUGUGGUUGGCAUUGCGUCUUUAAUAAGAGAUACGAGUAGAGGUGGCAACAGGUGUAGUCUUGUUGAUUUACUAAUUGAAAUGGAUAGAAUUCUUCGGCCUGAAGGAACUGUUGUAAUUCGAGAUACUCCAAUUGUGUUGGAGGAGGUUGCUAAGAUUGCCAGUAGAAUACGGUGGAGUACAGAAACACAUCAAACUGAGCCAGAGUCUAAUGGCAAAGAAAAACUGCUGGUGGCCAGCAAGCAAUUUUGGAUACUUCCAUCAAGUACAUCUAGGUAAAUACUUGUUUUGACCUGGCUUUGAUGAUUUCUAAUGAAAACAUUUGGCCUCUUGGCAGAUCCAUUGCAAAUGCACUGGUUUUGUAGGCACUACCUUUUAAGGAUAAUCUUGAAUGGUAGUUGCGGUGCCAAGUCACUUGGUUGGAUUCAUGCCCAUAUAAUUGGUCGCUUCAAUAUGCUGUAACUAAUGAAAAAACUGAAGUGUAUUUGCGUUUUAAUAUUAAGGAUGUGCCAUCUUUCAGUAUUAGAUAGCAAACUUUGAGGUAGUGCAGAUUUCUUUUGUAGCAUGUCAUCCAAGCCUAAAUUUCAGGCAUUCAUCCAUACAUUCUAUAGUUUUGAAGCUAAGAUCAUUCUUUUCAAA